AAAUUUUGAUCAACGCUAUACAUUUUAUUUUAUUUUAUGUAUUACAUUCAAAUUUUUAGGUAAAUAAGCAUGUAAAUAUAACAUGUAAAAAUCCAAAAACAGAAAACAAAGACAUGUAAAAUCUAAUAGAUAGGGUUCUGCAUACCCGAGAAUUAGUCAAAAAUGGAUCGAAAUGAUGGACCAACCAUAAGUGAAGCGAAGGAGAGACAAUUGGUCAUAAGUUUAAGCAGGAAAGAUUUGGAGGAUAGGUACUUAAGAUUGCGUGAAGAACAUACUGAGUUAAAGAUGAACACACACAAACAAGAACACAAGAUGAAACAGAUGGCAACAAAACUUCUACGUCUGGUCAAAGACCGUAAAAAGCUAGAAGAAGGAGUUGCAAUUCCUGAUCUGGAAUCUCGUGAUAAAGUAGAAGAAUUGAAAGUCACUGUGGGCUCGCUUGAAAAACAAAACAAUCAACUUAAAAGUAAAUUAUUGGUUGCUAGGCAACAAUUACAAACUCAUGGUAAAAAGACAACACCGUAUGAUCAUAUCCAAUCAAGAAUUAACACAGGGAUUUCGCCUAAAAAGGGCAUAUCUUUACAGAAGCAACAAAGAAUUAGAGAGCAAAUGCGUGUACAGGGUUCCCCUACUCCAGCAAGAGACUCGGCCAAAGGGCAACCACCAGUACUUCCUCAACCAAGAUAUGGUCACAGUUUAUUGGAAGAAGCAAGAUUAGAAAAACAAGAACUUGAAGAUCUAGUCUCUCAUCUUCAAGAACAGCUUGGUCAUUAUGAAAAUAAAAUAGAUUUUUUACAUGAACAGAUUCAUCAAAAAGAAGUUGAACAUGAAGAAGAUUUGCAAAAAUUAAGAAAACAGGUUUCUGGCAACCAAAGAUCGUCUAUACAAGAAAAUGUUGAAUUGAUAAAACUUCAAAGAGAAGUGAAAGAUAAAGUGGCAAAACUUCAAAGUUUUCAAGGAAAAUAUCAAAAUUUAGAAGAGCUACUGAAUAAAGUAAAGUCAAGCCAUGAGCAGUCACUCCAAGAAUUGGAGAAGCUAGCAUCAAAACUAAAAGAAGAGCAAGUCAAAAAUACUAAUUUACAAAAUGAUCUGAAGCAUGGAAACAUCUCUCAGCGUACAUUAGCACAGAAAGAAGAACAAAUAACAGACUUGAAAGCAGAAGUACAGUUACUGAAAGAAGCUCACGAGAAGUUGCUUAGUAGUACUUUUGAUGCUGAACGUGAACGAGAGCACCGUGCAAAGGAAAAACAAUACCAGAUUAAAAUUGCACAGCUAGAAGCUACCAUAAAGGCUGAUGUUACAGAAAAGAAUGUAGUGCUUGAUCGGUUAACUAGUGAAAGAGAUGUAUCUGACAGCUCUCAAAAACAAUAUCGUGAAUUACAAGUUCAAUACUAUGCAUUAAAGGAGAAACACGAUGACUUGACAGAAAAACUAAAGUUUUUCACCAGUGAGAGUGUUACAGAUUUCGAAGAGAUACAAGAAGCGUUGCUAAUCAUCAAAACAAGAAAGGAAAGAGCGAGUCAAGAUCUUAAUUUUCUUGAAAAAGUUGAUGAAGAAAUCAACCAAGAUGUGCAAAAGCGAAUGCAAGAACUUCAAGCAGCACAUGCUGAAACAAUUAAUGAACUGGAGAAGACGAGAAGUAUGUUACUUUUGCAACAUAAUAUCAAUAAAGACUAUCAGAAAGAGGUUGGGUUAACUACCAAAAAGAUGGAAGAACUCAAACGAGAGUCAGACACGAGAGUGCAUGAAUAUGCACAACUGCUUGAUAUUCGAGCUGAACGCAUCAAAAAAUUGGAAUCUCAGUUACGCGAUGUUGCAUAUGGAACAAAACAGUUUAAAAUCAAACCAGAAGAUGAGAUCACUGAGGUAGAUGAGGACCCUACCGUUAAAUUGGAAAGAGGACAAAAUAUUUUUGAAAUACAUAUAGGCCAGAUCAACAUAACUAAAAAUGGUUUGGAGAGAUUUAAUGGAGCAGAGCCGAUGACUUUUAUCAGUUUUGAAUUCUUUGAAUAUGAACUACAAGCUACACCAGUGGCACAGGGUUCAAGACCAAACUUCAAUCAUACGUCGCAAUACGUUGUUCAAGUCGACGAUUUCUUUUUACACUAUCUUCAAAAGGAAACGAUGUUGUUAGAAUUUCAUCAAUCCUUUGGAACGGAAUACCAAACUAUCGCCAAAGCUACCAUUAAAUUCAACGAACUCAUGGAUAAAAGUCACGGAAGGUUGCAUGGGAAAGUUGUGUUAUUCGAAAACGACAAAGAAAUCGUGUCGGUUGAAUACUGGCUGCGGCUGCGUGUUCCUAUGGAGCAAGCUCUCAGGUUAUACAAGGAACGUACGAAAGCACUUGGUUAUAUUACAUCAAACGAUUUAAAAAAGCUUGAACAUCCAACCAAACAGUCUUUGAAAGACUCUGGAAUAAACGAACUUAAAGUCACCCUCCAUCAAUGUUUAAAUCUAAAUAAUAUAAAAGACGUGCAACCAUGCUCAUAUUGUGUUUACAAAUUCUACGAUUUUCCUGAUCAUGAUACAGAAAUUGUAAAAAAUUCUAAUUCUCCACAAUUCCAUGACUAUAGAGUAUAUCCCGUUCCAAUGACGGAAGAACUGGAUAAUUAUUUAAAAAAUUCUCACUUGGAAAUCUACGUGUUCGACGACCUGGACACAGAACCAACAGCAUAUAUCGGUGUUGCCAUGGUACCACUAAUCACACUAACCCAUGAUAAACCAUUGAAGGGAAAGUUUCAACUUAAAAAUCGUUCAGAUGAGGUGUCAGGAUAUAUAGAUGUGUCUUUGGAAUGGGAGUAUACUUACCUACCCGCCAGUGCAAAGAAAGUUCGAACGUAUCCCAAGCCUGUCACUACUGCAGUUGAUCAUGAUGCAGUCUAUACACCCGGCAGCCGAAGUACCAUGCAACCCAUGGUGUCUGCCGGAAAGUUAUUUGAGUCUCAUUCUGUUGGCGAGUACAGUGACGAGUCCAAAGAAACAGUACUGGAACCAAUGUAUGAUAAAAAGAAGGAUAGGCCCACUCGUAACACAAGGUAUCAAAAUGAGAUUGUUAGCAAGACUAACAUGCAGUCUGAGAGAGAAGACAAGAGGGCUAACACGAGUAAAGAAUUGUAUAAAAUAAGUGAAAUUCGCAGUGAGUCCGCCAACAAAGGUAAGGGAAAACAAUUGAAGGAGAACAUAGAUGAGACAAACAUGAAGACGAUGAAUUUAGAUGAACUGGAGUCAGUUAUACAUGAUGAAUCCCAAAAAAAUACUGAUGAUGAUAGGGAAACUGGAAACGAGAGUGAUCAAGCCUUCUUAGAAGAAGAAUUGCGCCGUACAGUGGAAGCUCCUUCGCCACUACCCCAGGCUGCUGACACCAUGUUCGAAGAGAGGUUAUCAGAAGAGGAUUCUGAUGAAGAUAUUGUUAUUCCCAGUUCUGCUCGCGUUACUAAGCAACCCGAUGACGUCAGUGUCACCAGUGAAGAUACUGAAGAAGAUGUCGUAAUUUCGACAUCGCGGGGGAGGGCAGCUUCGUUUAAAUUACAGGCUCCCACAUCGAUCACAGUGAUCAUCAAUAGUUUGACAUUGUUCGAAGAUGCACCUAUGUUGGAGAUGGAAAAUAUUAAGCAGUUAUUCGUCUCCUAUAAAUUUCUCGAUUAUGAUCCUGAGCUGCUGGAAACGCCCAUGUCUUUACCCAAGCCAAAACCUAACAGACCACUAUCGUUUAACUUUAAAAAAGUUUUUCAUAUCGAUGAAGGAGAGCAUUUGGCAUCGCGACAAUAUUUGAUGCAUCUAUUGAUGCCAGAUCAUCCAAAUGAAGGCCGAUUGUUUUUCACGGUAGUAAGUGAUCCAAUGGAUGAUGAGGAUGAAGAUUGUGACGAUGUUGGAAUUGCUUAUGUUGAUCUCAUACAAAUGUUGCGUGACGGAAAAGAUCUGAUUGACCACGAUGUCGAUGUUUACGAUCUUGUUGGCACAGAAGGAAACUUGAUAGGAGCGUUGAACGUCACGGUGGAGGCGAUUACAGCUCUUCGAAGUUUAUACCAAUGACCGUGUUUUCGAAAGAGUUUCAACAUUUUAAAGUAAACCGUGGUGCAACCGUGGAGAUUUGUUGACACAAUUCUUUAGUUACUCGCAGUAUCACUAAAAAAGAAAUUUUAGACUUUAGGCUUACAAAUGUUAAAAAUUAUACAGAGAAAAACUACGUGUAUAUAGUUAACGAAUGACAAUAUUUUUAUUUAAAUUUAAUCAACCUUUUUUUUAGGUUUAUAAUAUAUGAAAAUAAAGCGC